AUGUUACAUUCAUAUAAAUUAGAAGAUGAGGAUGAGGAUUUUAAAAAGAUUGAUAAGCUAGGACUUGAAUAUUUAGAAGCUUCUCAGCAAGAUAUAUCAUAUGACCAAGAAACUCUGAAUAAACAAAUCCAACUUUGUUUAAAUUCAUUACAAGAAGGAAAUGAACUAAAUGUUUUAGAAGAACUAGAUCAAAUGUUUGCAAAAGUUGAAAGAAACACUGAUGCUACUAUAGAUCAAUUUGAUUUACUAAAUUUAUUAGGGUCAUUUGUCAAUUCUGAUAAUUUUGAAUUAGUCAACCACGCAACAUCAAUACUAAAAAACAUCACACGCAUUUCCGAUUACGAUAUCCCUGUUGAAAUUGCCGAAAAAAUUGUUGAAAAUCUACCUUGCCAGUAUCUUAUGCUUGAAUCUGCUGGAUAUAUUUUAACUUCAAUAGAUAGAAGAGAUUAUGCCGCUGAUUAUUUUCUUAAAGAUUUAAAUUUAAUUUCAAUAAUUAAUUCAUUAGUUUAUAGAAACUUUCAAUUGCAGAAUAUUGAAGUUUUAUUACAAAUUGCUAGCUCAUUACUUCGAUAUUCAUCAGAAGAAGCACUAAAUACGGUAGAUCCAAACUUUACAACGACUUUGAAAGCCAUGUUGAAAUCAGAAAAAGAUGAAAUUGUUAGUAUAUCACUCAGAUGUUUAGGUACAUUAGUUCUUCGCAGCAAAUAUAAUUCAACAGAGCUAAUUACAGAAGGAAUCAAGAUUUUCUUACAAGCAACGAGUGAUAUACAAAAAUAUGAUAAAAAUGGAUUCAUACGUCAAGCAUCGAUGACUUUUCUAUCAGAAUUUUUAAUGAGAGUUUCAAUUUCAGAUAAUGAAUACAAAAGUCAAGUUAUUUUUAGUAUUUUGGAAUGUAUAGAUACAAAAAAUAACCCAGAUGAGAAAUAUGCCGAUCUUUUAACCCAUUUUUGUAGUCCUGGCGAAAAUUUUUCAAAUUAUUAUGAAAUUAUUACAAAAUCAAAGAACUUCCAAAAGCUAAUUAUGAAUUCUACAAACAUGUCAUUCCAAAUACAGCAAUGUAUUUUGUAUUUAUAUUCAAAUAUGAUUAUUCAUAAUUCAACACACGCAGUUUUGCUUGCGGGUGAUAAUUUUGGGGAUGUAUUCCAAGCAUUCUUUGCAAUUCUUCCUCGCUCUGAUGAAAAAAUAAGGUUUUCAAUUUUGAAGGCAAUUUUAGUUUUGUUAAAGGUUGAUCAGAGCUUCAGGGAGUACAUGGAUCAGGAGGAGUUUGUGGAUACCAUGGAAUUUAUGAAAGAUCUCGAUCAGGCUUCUGCAGAUUUGGCAGAUAAUAUUAUUCAAUUGGCUAUGGACGAAGAAGAAGAUGAAAACAUGGUUGACAUUCUUCCCUUUUAG